AUGGACGACUCAGAUUCCGAGCCACAGACGUCAAAAACUCCAAGGAGAAGUCUAAAAAAAGAAGUAGAAUCCUCUGACUAUGAAAUUUCACACGAUGAAGACAGUGCAAAUGAUGACAUCGAAGUUUUAGCAGAUUCAGCGGAGAAUGAUGUAGAAAUGCAAGAGGAAGUAGCAGAUCUCACAGAGGAAAAAACUCCAGGAAAAAGUCGAAAACGGGCGGCUCCAGUGAAUACGUACAGUCCAUAUCAUUUUAAGCACGAUAGCACCAACAGCUACAUGCCAUUCGUACCACAACGAUGGACGCCUCAAAAUACCUAUCGUCUUCCCAGUGAUAUUAUUCUGACUACUAUCCGAGAAUGUGGUUCAGAGGGGUUGGGUAGAUCAGAAAUCGGUCAGGCAAUCGGUUAUGAUGCCACGACAAAGUCUGGUGGAAGAAAAGUGUCGAAUUUGUUGGCGAAUUGUACGAGUGAGCAUCCGGAACAUGUUGGACAAUUUCAGAAGAUGAAUGGAAAAAUUAGAACUAUUAGAUUCUACUGGAAAGAAAGCGAGCAACCCGAGAAAUUCGAAGUAUUACUCCGCGAGUUCCAAGAACUUUCCGGUAUUCCAUGCCCGUUCAAAAUCGGAGAAGUCAUCAAGUUCCCAGACAAGAAGCUCAACACCCUUCGCGUCAGUGACAUCACUCUGAAACGAUUCAAUCGUCUAUUAAAAAUGAUAAAUGAAUUGCGAGUUGUGGUGACGAUAAAUAAGGUUAUUAAGUAUAUCUAUGAGUUGGAAAUGGCCGAUGGAUACAAGUUUCAAAUCGACAAAAAAUCCGUGAUGAAAUGUCUGCUAGCGCUUCAGAAUAAGGGAUUGGCUAGGGUUUGGGAUGCGAAGGUUCGAUCGGAUAAUGUUAAUCAUCCGGUCCAAAUCGUCACCCACGGAGAAAUAACAAGGGUCGACGACGAAGAAGUCCAAAAAACUAUACAAGAAGUCCUCGAUUCCUAUCACAGAGAAGGGCGUGUCUUCCCGCAUGGCCAGCUUCGAGUCGCAAAGAAACGGCUGGAAGAGAGCAAAAUUUUGACAGAAUUCGAUGAAAAAAUGGGAACGAUUGAUGAGGAUUUAACGAGAAACCGGACGAUUAAGGAUAGAUAUCACUUCUUCAGACUUCAAACCGUCAGGAAUAGUUGGAAAGGACGAAACAUGAGAGAUGACGUGGAACCCGAUGAACCCGAAGAAGAUGAUCCAGACGACACCAUCCUCGACGAUUCCCAACUCGAUGAAACUGUGAAUGACGGCGUGGCAGAGAAUCCGGACGGUGUCGACGGAGACCAAGAGAUUCCAGAGGAAGACCCGAAGAUGGCCAUGCAGAAGUUGUUCGCGAAGAAUCCAACAGUUCCAGUCCAGAAUAAACGAUCAAGUGCCUACUAUUUCGGACGGGACACUCUAGGAUACCAAGGAAAAACGAUUCGGUUAUUGAUACUUCACGAGAUGGCUUAUCACUUUGUAUACGGUCAUCCUGAGGAUACAAAACCCAGCCUCUUUGAUAUUUUCCCACCAACCAAGGCGUUCGACAAGUGGCCAUCGCUGAAUGAGUACGCGGCUCAUGUCUAUUUCGACGAGGAGUCACCAUACCGUUAUAUGCCACCACAACCGAAAUACGAUGGAAUUGAUAGGGGAUGGUUUAUGGUUCAGGAUUUUCUUGCUGCGAUGCCACUCUCUGUGUUCGUCCUGGCUAACUAUGUGCCUACCACUAUCGACCGCGCAUUCCUAAUGAGCUAUCUAACUGACCCAGUCAAACGACACCUGCCAAUUGGAUAUCUUCCUGUGGAAACGCGCGAGAUAUUGAUGAAAGAUAAGAAGAUUCAUAAGCAAUUGCAGCAUGCUUUGUUCACUCUUGGAGCUAUGGGAUUGGUGGCUCUUGGACCGAACCCAUCGGUUAGACGAUUCCCGGGAGCGGCGUCGGAAAUGUUCUAUGUUGCGAAAAAAACGCAUCUCUACGACACCUCCACAAGCACCAAAUCCUACACUGCCGUCAUCCCACCAGUCGAACAGGGAUUCUAUGUGAGAUACGAGUAUGAAUUCGACACUCGAACCGACGUAACCCUCUACUGGCAUCAUCUUCGUGCAAUAGUCCAAUCGACUCCAUUGGGUUUUCGUCUAGAUAUGGAUCAAGGCGAUUCAAAAUACGAAUCUCGUCACCGCCAAUACUCAAACGGAUGUUUCGACCGUAAAAUCAUCGAACACGAUCAGGUUUCCAAUAUCCAAGAGCUCUACCCACGUGUUCUCACUGACGGUGUCGCCGGUUUCGACUCCGCCCUCUUUCUUCAUCUGAAACGUCACUGGGAUAUCUGUACCGUACCGCAUGUAGUGGUUGCUUGGUUUAUAACGAAAUUCCGGAAAUGUUCCGAUGAAAUGAAGCGAGAAAUUGAGAAGCGAGUUCGGUCAGUUCACAAAGACUGGAAUAACUUCACAAGACUCUCCCUAACGGAUAAAGAUUCUAUGAAAAGUGCAUCGAACAAGCUGAAAGUGGAAUACCCUCCAAAAAUGAUCAAAAAAUUCGGUGGCGCUUCGAAAUCCAUUAUUAGCUCCACCCCCUCCACUAGCUCCAAAAAGUUGAAACCCAAAAAACGAAAAUUGGACAGUGUUGACCUAGUGAGCUCUUCCGCUCGAAUUUCCGUCCGUUGUCGUUUCUCCCCGAAGGAAAGAGACCAGCUGAUUCUUAUCCGUGCUGUUGGAUUCUUUCUGAAUCCUGUCUACAGAUUCUGGUUGGAUCCUACAGUACUCCGUGACCUUAUGCAUGAAUUCGUGCCGGAGAGCCGUAACAAAACAGUGCAGAGCUUGAUGGCGUGUGGAGUCCGGGAGCUCGUGAGAACCAAUCGAUUGGCUUAUCUACAGAGAGUUGUGAGGAAUUUGUCGACGUUCCCCGAGAUGAGAAGGUUGAGAUCGGAGCUCUGCUCAUCGCCGGUUGUUCCUGGGCAGUCGAAGACCGAUUUCUUUAAGGCGGCGUUCAGAACAGCCAUGCGACUUCUUUUUGUCGAUAACAACAGAAUCCCGCCCACCUCAAUGUCCGACAAAAAUUUCAAAUUAUUCCUGGAAGCUGGAAAUGUAUCUGUCACUAAAGAGAUUACUGUAUCCAACGCUUGCCCCUACCGAUCCCAGAAACCUAUCAGUUAUGGACAUAUUCAACACUGUGUCGCUGCGAAUAUUUUGAUUAGCGUUCUCAUCCAUUCCAAAAAUGGGGCGGUUCCCGAGGCGAUGCUCGAACAAGUGCCACCCGCGGUACUCCAAACAGUUCUUCAAAGUCUCAGAAGUGAUGGUCUUGUCUCCAGAAGUCGUACGCUAGAAGCCGUCGCGGAGUUGGCGAAUAAAAAAGAUGCCACGUUGUCUUACUAUUUCCGUCACUUCUUCGCGCAUCGCUGUCAUUCUGACCUUGUGGAAGGGUCCGGACGUCUUCUAGAUGAAGUCAACGAUCCGAAAGCUCCAGAAUCCAUCGAACUACAUGGUGAUGGACCGGAAGUCGUCAUAGCCGCUUCGACGGCCUUCUAUUCGGAUAAACAUUUUCUGGAAAUGGAUGUAGACGGUGACAUAUUGGAUGCGUUCUGCAAAGUGGAGAAUGAUGAGACUAUAAAGAAGAUUCGAUAUUUGGAAUCUGCGGAUUUACACUUUGAGAAGAUUCGAGUGAAUUUGGUGAAGAAUUCAGAAUCCAUUGAAGACGACGUCACCACCACCACCGAAGCGAGCAUUGACAAGGUUCUCAAGUUUUUGGACAAUUCGAGAGAUGCCACGCCCACUAUGACACUUGAUGAAUACAUUCAGAACAAUAAGUUCGAACUUGAUAAAAGACGUGAAAUCCGUGCGAUUUGCCACGUCAUCAAGGCUUCCCGCCCGACGGGAAUCACGAUAGCCGAACUGAAAAAGAAAGUGAAAAUUCCAUUAGAACGCAUUGAACAAAUUGUCGCAGAAUUGAAUGAGGUUAGACAGAUUUUGGCGGUUGGAGUGGACGAUAAGAGAUGGGUUAGCAAUGAGUAUGAGGCGUGUUGGACGGUGCAGUUGGGAGAGAACAGAUGGUGUCCGAGACCAUGGGUGUCUCCAGAAGGCACAAUUUCCCUGCCCGUCGUCCGCUGGAUUACUGAAAGCAUCCUUCUUCUAAUCAUCGGAAAAGUCGGAAUUCAAAUGAAAGACGUCAUCAGCAAUUACGAAUUCGCAAUUCAACCAGUCGCCGUUCGUGAAAUUAUCUCCCUCCUCGAGCAUCUCGAAUGCCUGAACGUCGUCAAAAAGUUCUUCCCAUCGACCAAAAUGAGUUCUCCAUUCUCUCCACCAACUGAUCUUGAAUUGGUCGUUUACAUCUAUCCAACUGUCGAUGCACUGGAAAAAUUCUCCAGAAUCUUCCACAAUAUCGAACUCAUGCCAAUGAUGAUCUCGAAAAUUAAUUAA